AUGCCAGAGCCCUCACAAGAAGAUGCUGGCAUCGUCAUGAACAUCCUCGCAGAUGCAGCAGCUGAAGCAGCUGACGUUUCCGGCGCGGAGCAGGUUUUGUUGCAAUUCAGGACGCUGGGGCUGCAGCCAGACCGCUUCACUUACACGGCUGUCAUUAAGGCCUGUGUGGUCGCAGGUGAUGUGGAGCGUGCAGAGAGCCAUUUUGCUUCGAUGAUGCAAGAGGUUCAACCAGACCUGGCGGUGUUUGGCCUCCUGCUGCGGUCCUGCCUCAAAAUGCCAUUAGGGAUGCGUCAGAGGAAAGCUACAAGAUGGUUUCGUUUGAUGUGUGCCAGCUGCCUAUCGGCUUCAGUACUCGAGUACACGCAGCUGCUGCAAGCUCUGGCUGAUGAGCCUGCCACCACCACAUCAAGCCGAAACCAGCAGCACCCAGCGGCAGCAUGUCCACAAGUUGGCGAGCCUCGAGAUUUUGAUGAGCCUAUCCCAGAUGUGGAGAAGGUAUUCCGUGAAAUGCUUGGGAAGGGCAUUCGCCCAACCCGCAUCACAAUCAGAGUUGUCGAGAAGGUGUUGGGGCGUCGGGUCGUGAAGAGAGUGCUUGAGGAAUUAGAUGUAGAUGAGAUGUUAUUGGGUGACUUGUCUGCGGCUGAUUUCCAGAGGCGCCGCGCAUUGGUCGCCCCAAGGGCGCAGGAAUGCGAACGCCAAAAACGCCGCAGUUAUUUGAAGCCGACUCAGACAUUGUUGGCAGCCGACCAAGCAAGAAAUGCGCACUGUCGGCGGGCCGUCUGCGGAUUUGCCCUGCCAAGCAAAGCACAAGUGGAGACUCGACAAUCCGAGCAUGUUCUUGUUGAGGUGAACGUCCCUUUGACCUUGGCCCGUUCGCAUGCCACCGCGCUAAGCGAGGUGCGACUUUGGGCCGGUGCCACAGAUCUGGAAGCCAAGGUGAUGAGCCCGAAUGCAACUGCAGAGCAGCAUCGCGGAAGUGUCGUGAUUCCGCGCUUUCGACCUAUGUGUCAAGGGCGGACACCAUUGAAAGCAAAUGACCUGGUGUACUUUCCGAAGGUCAUGAGCCCCGUGCCUAAGAAGCGCUUACCAGUGCAACAGAAGGAGGAAACUCCCGGAUGGUUGCUCAGACGAAUUAUCUACAAGGACACCGACUUCCUGGUCUUGGACAAACCUUCUGGGUGGUCCGUCGCUCCAGGCAAGCAUGUCGGUGGAAUGCACUUGCUGAGAUUGCUGCCCAGCCUCCAGUUCGGAAUGGAGGAGCCACCACGGCUGGUCCACCGCCUGAGCACGGAGAUGAGCGGUGUGCUGCUGCUUGCGCGGCACAAGGCUGCGGCAUCUUUCGCCAAAGACAUGGUGGCACAACGCUCUUUCUGGAAGCGAGAGCUAUGGGCUGUCGUUUGUGGACGCACCCCCAAAUCAGGGCAAGUCUCCAUGCCUUUAGCUUUGGAAAGGCUCGGCAAAGGUUCCGUUGCGAAACCUGUCCGAGAAGACGACGGUGGCCUGCCUGCCAUGACUGAAUAUUCUUCGGUCUUGUAUUCUCCGCUCGCUGGUGGCUUGACUCUCCUGUCCAUGAACCCAUAUAGCGGACGGUAUCACCAGACACGCGCGCACUGUGCCUUUGGGCUGCGUGCACCCAUGGUGGGCGACCCGGUUUAUUAUCAGAUGUCCAACGAGCUUUCCACGGUCUCCGACUUCAAAGUGAAGUACCACUCUGCCGAGGCACGGCGCGAACGUGCCGAGCUCUUGGGCGCGCAGCCCCGCUUGCAUCUGCACAGCCGACAGCUGACCAUCAAGACGUUUGCUGGAAAGGAAGUGACAGUUACCGCGCCGCUCCCGACACACAUGUCCACAACUUUCCAUGCUCUUGGAUGGUCUGGGUGGCUGAGGCGUGCUGAGCGACGGGCCGCUUUGGAAAGUGCGUGGCGGGCCGAAGAGGACCCGCAUGUCAUUGAAGCCCUGGCGCAGGCCCGUAUCGAGCACGAGCGACGCGAGAAUGGCCCAACGACGCCCGGCGGCUCUGCGGCCACAGCGCAGGAGGAGGAAGAGGAGGAAGAGGAAGAGGAGCCCACAGAGUCUUCGGUGCCAGAGCCCAACUCCUCCAUCGAGUUCCCGGCUAGUCCACGCGGUCGCAGGUCGCGAAGAAAAACUUGA